AUGCUCGCCAAAGCUCAACACGUUACUCUCGCCGUACUUGCCGCCGCGCCUACGGCGCUGGCUUGCCUGGGGUACGAGGGCGGCGUUCCCAAGCCGACUGAAAACGUGCCCCUCUCCGCACCCAUCUACGUGAAGGCCGGCGAGGUCUACGACGGUGGCUGGCGCAAAUUUGACCGGAACCCCAGCACCUGCAAGGAGCAGGGAGAGGGAGGUGAAAGCGACACGGCCUUUGUUGUCGAGCGCGGCGGCACCCUGCGCAACGUCAUCAUCGGAAAGACCGCCGGAGAGGGUGUUUACUGCAAAGGAGGCGGUUGCAACCUCGAGUUCCUGUGGUUUGAGGAUGUCUGCGAGGAUGCCAUCUCCAUCAAAGAUGACAGGGCGGGAGAUGUGACCAACAUUAUUGGUGGUGGUGCCUACCAUGCCUCGGACAAGAUCAUCCAGCAUAACGGUUGCGGCCGUGUGAAUGUCUGUGCCCCUUGCGCCUCGAGUAGCUGCAACUUGUUCGAGUUUAACAUCAUUACCAGAUCAUCAACUUCUAUGCCGAAGACUACGGAAAAGUUUACCGUUCGUGCGGAACUCCCCCAGUGCCAGAAAUGCGCCCGCGAGGUCUACAUCGAGGGAGUCACGGCCCGCAAUGGGGGCGAGGUCGCUGGUAUCACCAAGUCCAACGGCGACAAGGCCACCCUCGUUAACGUUUGCACUGACGCUAAGACGCCAUGCCAGAACUAUAGUGGCCCUGGUACGAAGGAUGGCGCUUGUUAA